UUUUCUUUUUUGUUAUCUCAGAACUCGAAAUUUUUGCCUCGAAUGGGGCAGACAAAAGGAGACUCCUAAAGCCAGAGAAGUUUUGGUUGGAUGGGAAUCAGAUAGGUCAGAGAAAAGAGAGACGAACCUUCAUGGGAAAGAAGAGGAUUUGCUAGUCAACUCGUAAAGCUAGAGAAGUUUUGGUGGCUAUUCCGACGAAUCUGCCGGUGUCAGAUUCUUUGUAUUUGUCCAUAGGUGUGUCUAAAACUCAAGAAAAUAAUCAAGGGGAGGUGGUGGAAGUGUCCAAGGCCUCGGGUAAGUCAGUUUCUGAGGUUGUCCCUUGUGAUACAAAUGCUCCGACAACUCUGUCGGUGUCGGAAUUUUACCUACAGAACGGUGGGACGAUUGUUUGGGUUAAACAAGACAAAUAGACCUGCCAGAGAAUUACCCAGUCCCUCCUAAUUAGCUUUGACGGAGCUUUUACUCAAUCACAUUAUAUGAAUCGUUCAAUUUCUCAAUCAUCUUGUAGCGUCACACACUUGUGAAUCUUUCUUCCAUAAAAACCCAAGCACAUUCAGUUGACUUCUGAAAGUUUAGAGUAGAAGAAGUAGGCUAGUAUCAUUGAAAUGUCUGUUGCUUCUUUUUUUUAUUUUUGAAACUUGAACGUAAACUCCAUAUUUUGCACAGUAAACCCAAUUCUUUUGUUUUCUCCGGUGGAUUAACACAUUGAAUUUCCGCUUGUUUGUUAAGUCAACGGAGGAAGAAAGAGAGAGAAAAAACCUUCAAAAAAUAAAAGGUAAGAAAAUGGGGCGGGUCAAAUAAAUGGGCAGAUAUUAUUAUACCCACAUAUCUUGUUUGAUCCAAAGAGCUACGUGGCCCAAUAAAAAAUAUGAUAACGCAUUAAAUGUGAGGCCCACAUGCUGCGCCGUUAAAAAGAAGGGUAGUUUUAGGUAUAAAAAUAAAGUUAGUGUAUUUUUGGACUAAUAGAUGAACGGAGGUUAAACCAUUUAGUAAAGGAUGGGGAUAGUUUUGACCAUUUUCCGUUAAACUAUCAGCACUAAAGCCCAGUUAUCGACUUCUAUUAGAACUAACUAAAGCCCAUCACAGCCAAAUAAUAGAAGCUAGUAGGAAGCUAUAGUAUUAGUAUAGUACUAGAGAAUAACCAAGAUUCCGCGUCGACCACUUUCACGGGUAAAACGGAGGACGAGGGAGAAUCUGCAACUGAAACAUACAGAAAUGGGAUUGAAAAUUGGAGGAAAAGUUGAAAAGGUGAACGGAAGAGAAGUAAGUUACGGUGAGUUUAUGGAGAAAUAUAUGGCCCAAAACCAACCUGUGGUUCUUACUGGACUUAUGGACGAUUGGAGGGCUUGCAACGAUUGGGUCUCUCCUAAUGGAAAACCGAAUCUUCACUUCUUCUCCUCCCAUUUUGGGAAAUCCAAGAUUCAGGUUGCGGAUUGUGGGACCAGAGAGUUCACUGAUCAGAAGAGAAUAGAAAUGACUGUUUCUGAAUUCGUUGAUCAUUGGCUUUGUCUUUCUUCUGCUAAUAAUGGUGGUAACAGUGAUAGUGGUGCUGCUGCCAGGUCUUUGUUGUAUCUGAAGGAUUGGCAUUUUGUAAAGGAAUAUCCGGAGUAUAUUGCAUACAGAACUCCCCUGGACUUUUCUGAUGACUGGCUGAAUUUCUAUCUUGACAAAUUUCGUAUGCAUAACGAUCCUGAUACAUAUAGUGAGGGAAAUGAAAUAAGUUGUUCUGACUAUCGCUUUGUAUACAUGGGAGCAAAAGGAACAUGGACGCCUCUUCAUGCUGAUGUAUUCAGAUCAUACAGUUGGUCGGCAAAUGUAUGUGGAAAAAAGCAGUGGUAUUUUCUGCCUCCAAGUCAACAUCACUUGGUUUUUGACAGGAAUAUGAAAAGUACCGUAUAUAACAUUUUUGCCGAUGUUUCUCAAUCAAAAUUUCCUGGAUUUGAAAAGGCUAUCUGGUGGGAGUGCACCCAAGAGGAAAAUGAAGUAAUCUUCGUGCCCAGUGGUUGGUAUCAUCAAGUUCAUAAUCUGGAGGAUACCAUAUCCAUAAAUCAUAACUGGUUCAAUGGAUAUAAUUUAUCUUGGGUGUGGGAUUUGCUUUUGAAAGACUACAAUGAGGCUAGCGAAUACAUCGAAGACCUCAAGGGAUGUGAUGAUUUUGAGGAGCUUUGCCAGCGAAACCUUGCAGCUAAUACAGGCAUGAAUUUCUACGACUUCUUCAUUUUCAUUGUGCGCUUUGCCUUUGCAAAUGUAGUCCUACUUCAUAAACUUGCACAUGGAAAGAAAGAACCAAACCAGAAAUCCUCAGAAAUUAUUCGGCACAUAUAUUUCAACCUCGAGUCUAUAAGAAGUGUUGCUGUGAAAAUGAAACCUAUAGAUGCAGGUGACAGGCAAGGUGUUUUACUUGAUUUGAAGAAAAACCUGGAGGAGCACUCGUUUAUAGAGCUCUGUGCUGCCGUUGGGAAAACAUAUGAAUUGAUACAUGAGCAAAGUGAGGUGACCCAAGCAUUAUCGCAAUGUAAAGACUUGACGUUUUCUAGUUUGAUUAGAUCCCAAGUUCAGAGUUCUGAAGACCUAGUUACCUUUAUCGAUGAUGCUUUGACCAAGUUGGGUGCUGCUUUUUCUGGUUAGAAAUGUCUGUAUACAUAUAUGAAAUAUGAUUCUUUUUUUUUAUUCAUUCUGUCAUUUGACUUGGGCAUUGACAUGUUGUAUAACAAGGACAUUAACCAAAUCCAUGCAACAAGUCUCUUGUCUUUGCAUUUACGGUUAUAGUAAUAGUUUCUUGAUAAAAACCAUGUUCUUGAUUAGUGAACUUUGAUUGUUUCCAUU